AUGCGCCUGGAGACCGAAUUGGCCAAGACAGAAGCGGGCCGGCAGCGGCUCAUGAAGGCCUUUUGGAGGGCUAUGUCUGCGGGGCAGGCCCAGGAGGCGCGCGAGGAGGGCGCGGGAGCGACUACAGCAGCUACGGCGGCUACAGCGGCUCCGGCGGCGGCUUCAUCCUCGGGCGCGGGAGGCACGGGAGCGACUACAGCGGCUACGGCGGCUACAGCGGCUCCGGCGGCGGCCUCGGGCGCGGGGGGCACGAGAGCGACUGCAGCGGCUGUGGCGGCUACAGCGGCUCCGGCGGUGGCCUCAGGAGUUCCUGCUGCGGCAGGGGCGUCUGGCGCGGCGGCGCCGCCUGCCCAGGGCCCAACCCUGGCGGACCGCGACGGUUCUGAGAUGGACACGAGUCCGCCGAGUAGGAAGAGGCAGAUCGAGAUCCAGGCGCCCGGUGCGGAGGGCGACAUGGACACUGCGAUGGUGGCCGCAAGCGGUCUGCAUGCGGACGCCGUGGCGCUCGUGGAGGCGUAUUCUCUGGCGCGCCCGCAGCGCAAGGCCGGCGCCUUCGGCUUGCACGCUGGCGUGGCCAUGGAUUUGCGCUUGGGCUGGGACCUGGGGCGCGACGGCGAGCAGCAUGAGGCGCAGGGGCGGCUGGACUUGGAGAAGCCGUACUUGCUUGUCCUCGGUCCAAUGUGGUUGGGCCCAUUUCAGCUUCACGAGCUAUCGGCGCACCCUCGGAGGUUGCAGGAGUUGUUGGAGACGGACCGCAAGCACCUCGAGUUCGCGUGCGCGUUGGCGCGGCAGCAGAUUGCCAGGGGCGGCCGGGUGCUCUUCGAACUCCCCUGGGAGGCAGCCUCGUGGAGCGAGGAGUGCAUCGUCGAGAUGUUGGCGACGAGUGGUAUGCAGCGCGUGCGCUGCGACCAGUGCCUCUUCGGCCAGGUUUCGGCGGAUGGAUCUGGCCAGGUGGGGCCAGCUCGUAGGGAGACCUGGUUCAUCACGAACGACCCGUUCAUCGCUCGAGCCGCGGCGCGACGGUGCCAUGGAGGGCGCGAGCACGUGCAGUCGCUCGGGGCCCGGGCGAAGACGUGCGAGAAGUAUCCGCCCCUCUUGGUGGCGGAGAUCCUUCGAGCUUUGAGGAGCUCGACGCGCGCUGCUGGAGGCGGCGCGGCGGAGAGGAUGCUCGGCAACGACCGCGAGCUGACGAUCUCUGCGGUGGAGGCCGGGCCUGUCCUGGAGGAGCCGGAGCUCUUGGCGAGGCCGGCGACGACGGAGGAGGAGAAAGUAUUCCGUGACCGAUGCACGGGGCUCCCAUUAGAUCCUGAGCGAGUGCGAAGCGCAAGGGCAGAGGAGAUGAGGUACAUUGAGGAGUUGAAGGUUUUGGAGUUGAGUGACCACGAGACGUGCAUACAGGAGACUGGUUCACCUCCGAUUCCAACUGAUUGGGUCGACAUCGACAAGGGCGACCCCUCUCGACCGAACUAUCGGUCGCGGCUCGUGGCACGGGAGACGCGCAGACGGACGACCAUCGACGCGGACGAUUGGGCAGCGACGUUCGCUGCGACCCCUCCGUAUGAGGCUUUUCGUCUGCAGCUCAGCUUGCUCAUGACGGGUCCGAGGCCUGAGAAUCUUAACGAUGAGGAGGUGUUGAUGUUGUUGGACAUUUCACGUGCACAUCUCCAUUCGCCCUUGAACCGGGUGGUUUUCGUGAGGAUCGGCGGCCAGGUCUACAGGCUGCUGAAGGCCAUGUAUGGCUUGAGGGAUGCAGGCGCGUCUGGCGACUCCGUUGUUCGGGGCGUGCGGUGGGGCGACGACUUCCCCUUGAGUGGUAAGAGGUUGCACUGCGCGGAGUUCCGGGGCGAGCUCGGCAAGCGCCUCCUGGUGAAGCAUACUGCCACGUUGGGUCCGAACCCAGAGCACGGCGACGUGGGCGAGGCCACUUCUUUGAACAGGAUCGUGCGGUGGCCCCCCCUCGGCUCGGAGGUCGGCGAGCGGGUCGAGCUGGAAGCCGACCCGCGGCACGCCGAGAUCUUGUAUCAGCAGCUGGGUCUGGGCGAGGAGCGGUCGAAGGCCGCUGCGACGCCGGGCGUCAAGCCGACCGGCGACGACGACGAUGAUGACGGACGAGAGCUUGAUCCCGAGGCCAGGUCUAAUUACAUAUCUUGGGCCAUGCGUGCGAGUUACCUGGCACAGGACCGCUGCGAACUGCAGUUCGCGUGCAAGGAGCUCGCCCGGCGCAUGCAGGCGCCGCGUCAGAAGGACAUGCAGGCGCUCAAACGCCUUGGGCGUUUCCUGAAGGGAGCGCCUCGCUGCCUGGUGGUGUGCCGGCGGCAGGCUGACCAGACGGUCGUGGACGUGUUCAGCGACAGUGAUUGGGCUGGGUGUCGGAAGACCCCGCGCUCGACUUCAUCGUCGUACACCAUUUUGGGGCAGCACCUGAUCACGACCAGCAGCACGACGCAGGACGUCGUGGCCACGAGCUCUGGCGAGGCGGAGUUCUACGCCUUGACCGAGAGUGCGAGCCGCGCGAUUGGCACCGUUGCCAUGGCGGCUGAUCUGUUCAAGGUCCUGAAGCCGCGUGUGCGCGUAGACGCCAGCUCGAGCAAGG